AUUUUGACGAGUCUAUAGUCGAGAUUAUUAUUACCAUUUCUUUAACCGCUUCUAUGGCUUCUAUCUCUCCCAAGCCAGACGUCGUACAGCCUCUACCAAACACAACAGCGGAAGGUGAGAAACAGGAUCCUCCGACCUUCAAACGCAAUCUUAGAUUCUGGAGUAUCAUCUUCGCUCUCUGUACAACUGCCAUCCUCUCUGCCCUCGAAGGCACGGUAGUCUCCACCGCCUUACCAACCAUAAUCCAGCAUCUUGGCGGUGGGUCCCUCUACCUUUGGGCUGUGAACGGAUACUUUCUAGCCAGCACUGUUGUUCAACCUCUCUAUGGUCAAACCGCUAAUAUCUUUGGUCGCCGCUACCUGCUGAUCUUCGCCGUCGCAGUGUUCGUGCUGGGUAGUGGAAUCAGUGGCGGUGCGACGAGUAUGCAAAUGUUGAUUGCAGGGCGCGUGAUUCAGGGGGUGGGAGGAGGUGGUUUGCAGAUGUUACCUUAUCUAAUCGUGAGUGAUAUUGUGCCGUUGAGGGAGAGGGGUUCGUACAUGGCGAUUAUCUUCCUCGCCGUUACGGUGGGGAAUGGUAUCGGCCCCUUUUUGGGGGGUGUUAUUGUGCAGGGAGCGUCUUGGAGAUGGGUGUUUUACCUCAAUCUCCCAGUCGGCGGCGCCGUCCUCGUCCUCGUCUACUUCUUCCUCCAUGUAACCUUCAAACGCGAACCCAUCGGCACCAAACUGCGCCGCAUUGACUAUCUCGGAAACCUCAUCUUCAUCGCCUCCACCAUCUCCAUCCUCCUCGCCCUCACAAACGGCGGCGUCGUACAUCCCUGGUCUUCAUGGCGAACGCUCGUGCCCCUCGCCCUAGGAAUUACCGGUUUCACCGCCUUCCUCAUCUACCAACGCUAUCCCACCGAACCUAGCAUGCCACCCCGCCUCUUUGGAAAUCGGACCAGCAUGACCGCCUUCAUUCUGACAUUCCUCCACUCCCUGCUUACGUUCUGGACCAUCUACUUCCUCCCCAUAUACUUCCAAGCCGUCCUCGAAUCCUCACCCUCUCGCUCGGGCGUACAACUCCUACCAACCGUCCUCAUCCUCAUCCCCUUCGCCGCCAUAUCCGGCCGUAUGCUCGCCAAAACGGGGAAAUAUAAACUCUUGCACUUCUUCGGUUUCAGUGUCAUGACGCUGGGCUUCGGCCUCUUUACCUUACUACACGCAUCCUCGCGAACCUCCGCAUGGGUAUGUUUCCAAGCCAUCGAAGCUGCGGGUUCCGGUAUCGCAGUCUCAGUGCUCCUGCCGGCAAUCCAGGCACCGCUGUCUCAAGCCGAUGUCGCGACUGCAACGGGCACGUUUGCAUUUAUCCGGAGUUUUGGUGUGGUGUGGGCGGUUACUGUGCCAGCGACAAUUUUCAAUCAGCGCCUUGGGUAUCUUGCUAAUGCACGGGUUUCGGAUGAAGGGGUGCGGGCGCUGUUAGUUGGGGGUGGCGGGUACGAACAUGCUACCAAAGCGUUUGUAGGGAGCUUGAAAGGGAUAGUGCGUGAGGAGGUGGUAGGGGUCUAUACAGAUACUUUGAAAUUGAUUUGGCAGGUUGCAAUUGGGAUUGCGGGGUUUGGGGUUUUGCUUGUGGGAUUGGAAAAACAGAUCGAAUUGCAGAAGGAAUUGGAGAGUGAGUUUGGCGUCAAGGAAAAAGGGGGGGGUGAGGUGAGCCAUGAGAAGGACCAGGAUAAGGUGGGGGAAGUCAGUACUUAG